AUGGAAACUGCGAACGACGUACCCUCAACUACACAAGAGGGACAACAUGAAGCUGAAGUCCAGAACGACCAGACUCAGCAAACACCAGGUAAUCAGACAGACAACUCAGAGGAAGUACGACCACCGCUACCACCGCGCCCCGAAACUAUUGAUCUUCUGAAUGAAGGAAAUGCUUUUCGUACAUCCAGCACAAGACCAAACCUGCAAUCGCACGCGACAACGGCGCUCUCAUUGACAGAUAUCACCGGUCAAACAAAUGCGGACGGAAGGGAUGGGUUUGUUGCAGGCUUUGGGCGCACUCUAUUAGGGCGGGGACUACGAGCAAAAGCUAGUUUGAGUCAAUUGAAUAGUGCUCGUGGGAGCGAAGCCGGCGACACUGCGAGCGUGAUAAGCUAUGCACCGAAUUCUGAGGAGGGUCAGGAUGAAAGCCUCUUUGGAGAGUUUGCGAAUGAAGCCAAUGCGCAGGAUGACUCUGGAAAUAUUGAAAUUCUGGGCCAUGAUGAGUACCCGCAGGACGGCACUGAGCACGGUUUUGUGGAGGAAUUUGAGCCGAUAGGGGAUUUAGAUGAAGAUGGCCAAAAUGAAGACCUCAAGAGACCUUUGCAGGGCACUGAAACAUUACUUUCUUCACUCGCCGAUUCUUUCACGAAGGGCUCCCCAACGGCUCUGUUGUCAGCUUUGGAGUGUUUGAGAUUACGCAAAGCGCAUCGACAAGUUAUCAACAAUAUUUUACUGAAAAAUAGAGCGGAAAAAUUGCUGUAUGGUCUGGUGGUCGCUGGCGGCCGCUUGGUCAGCGUAGUCCGGCCAAAGAAACAUUCUCUUCACCCGGGUGAUUUACAGCUUCUCUUCAAUAUGAUUUUCGAAGCUGAUGGCGUCAAAGCCGGUGGUGGCGAGAGUUGGAUCCCUGUUUGUUUACCUGGUUUCAAUAGUACGGGUUAUCUGUACAUGUAUGUCAGUUUCAUAGACCUCAAUGACGAGUCGGGAGGCCUGAUUACGGACGACGAUACGCCGAAAGAUGAGUCUGUCGCUAUAGUCCUCAUAAGUGCGGAUAAAGAGAGCUUCUUCCAGCUUCAAGAGAUGUGCAAUAAACUUGUCGAGCAAAUGCGCAAAAGCGGUAGCUUGAAUAUUAUGAAGGAAGCAAUCAAGAAGGGCAGACCGUCGCCAACAGAUAUUGUCCCGGAUACUGCUCUGAGGCAUUUUCUAUACAAAUCCAAAGCCCACGUCCAAUUCGUCAUGUCUUCGUACGCACCUAAUUUCGCAUCUCUCACUCGACAUCGAAGGUUGAUAUCAACCUACAAUUCCCUCCAUGAAAGUGUCCAUGCGCGGAACACACACGUCAAAAUACACUACGGCACCAGCAAAUCCACAAGCGCAUUUGCAUGGGUAACACCCAUAUUUGAGUUCUACUGUGUAGCAGGGCCAGAUGCGACUCGCACCGCUCUCUCGCAAGGAGCAAAUAAGAUUCGUCAAUGGGUACAAAAAGAGGAAGAGAGGUUAUUCAUCAUCGGUGGCGCAGUGUUUUGA